GUGGCGACCUGUUUAUGUUUAUGAUAUCUUGAAGCUCUUUGAUGUUUGGUAAAUACACAUAAUAGUGAUAAUAAAUAAAUAGUCAGAUUCUGUAUGCUCCAUAUAUUCAAAACUAUUACAAUUGCAUGCUACGAACGUUGCGUACGUUUUCAGGGCAAUUAUCUAGAAUGGUUUCUUUACCGCCUCGUAAGAUUUCCACGUCUGCCGCUUCUUCAAAACUAGACAUUUCACCAUAUCAAGUACUGGUACAGAUGGGAUUUCCUAAGAAAAGAGUACUAAAGGCGUUAGCUGCGACCGGAAACCGUAGUGUUCAACUGGCAUCAGAUUGGCUUCUUACUCACGUAAAUGAUACUGCCCUCGACUCGGAAGAGCCUCGUGAAUAUAUUUUGUAUGUCACCCCUACCGGACAACUAUUGAGUCAGAUACAAGAAUUCAGAGAGAAGUCAAAAAGUAUUUGUGGAUGGAAUGGUGCACACAAUGCUCCACCCCAUAUAACAAUAGUCCCUUUUUUUAAAGCAUCAGAUGAGGAAUCCUUAAACCUGGCAGUAGCAGUGAAACAUGCCGUUGAAAAAGUGGGACCACAACCGAGCUGUCCAAUGAAACUAGAAACUUAUGUUUCACCCAAUUUUAUUGGUCUAUUCAUUUCUGAAGAGUAUGCUGAUUAUUUUAAGGCACUGUCUUUACAAUAUGUAAAAGAAAUUCAAGUUGAAAUGGGAAAACUGAUUAAACAGAAGGCUAUGGCAGGAUUGGAUUGUUCAAAAAAUGUUAUGCCAAUGUCAAAAAACUUGGACCCAUUGGUAAAGUCGUUGCACAUGACACUCGCUUACCAUUUUGAUAUAUCGGCCUUUGAUUCCCUCAAGUCAUUGGCCAGUCAACUGGAAUUGCCUGACAUAGCCAACUGGGAGCUACGACUAUAUUCUAGAGAUCCUCGCUUUAAUAAUUAUCAGGUGUAUAAAGUGAAUCAAGGUUACUCGCCGAAGGCGUCCGAUGAACUUGAACUCGUUAUCGGAGAUUUUAUUUAUAUCGAGGAGUCACAGUUUGACGGCUCGGUUGACGGUUGGGUGCACGGCACAUCGUGGUUGACAGGUAUCUCAGGUUUCCUUCCGGGCAUUUACGUACAAAGAACAGCAGAGUCGGACGCCUGGACAUUACACCGAGCAAUUUCACUAGGACACAAGAACUGUGCAGAAUGCAAAUCAUCCGACUCUGAGACGAAUACGUACACGGCUAUGUCAAACUACCCGCACGAAGACGCUGCGGGGCUCGCGCAGGAGAAAUCCGAGGAGACGUACCAGGAGUGGGAGAAGUACUGGCACGAGGUGCAGAACGACAGGAGCGAAAGCAUACUACGCAUAACACAGGGUACAAGUAUAGACUGGAAAUCGAGCGUAGGUAGAGGAAUAGGGGAUUCGGAGAGUUCAGACAGUAUUACAACGAGUACAGGCACAGAGAGCAACAGUCGUCGUUGGGUGUUUGCGAUGAGGCACGGUGAGCGCGUUGACCUCACAUACGGCCAGUGGGUGCCCUUCUGCUUCGAUGACAACGACACAUAUAUACGCAAAGACCUCAACAUGCCGCUGCAUCUACCGGAAAGAGCUGGUGGUAGCGCAUCAUACGCCAAGGACACUCCCCUGACGCGCGUGGGGCGGCUGCAAGCGCGGCUGGUGGGGGAGGGGCUGCGGCUGGCGGGCGUGCCCGUCGCCCACGUAUACGCCUCCGCCGCACUGCGUUCUGUGGAAACUGCACACAGCUUCCUAGAAGGUUUACAACCCGAAGCUCCCGUGAAGAUCAAAGUGGAGCCGGGCUUGUUUGAGUUCAAGCACUGGUAUAUGCCAGGCGGCAUGGCGCCCUUCAUGACACCUAAAGAAUUACACAAAGCUGGAUACAACGUCGACUUAAAAUACAAACCCUAUGUGGAAGUUGACACAGAAGUAUCAGAGACAUUGGAGCAGUUCUACAAGAGGAACGAGUUGGUGAUACAUUCCGCAGUCAAAGACACCGCUGCUGAUGGUGGUAACAUAAUCUUUAUCGGUCACGCGGCAACACUGGACCUUAUGGUAUACGCGCUGAAGCAGUUCGGAAAGAAGCGUGCGGAGUCAGGCUAUCAGAUCAGUAAGAAUUUGCUACGUGUUCCAUACUGCGCGCUGGGGGCGAUGCGAGACAAGCCCUGGCAGGUCGUCUCCCCUCCAUGCCCGCCAUCCAUCAACUCCAGCUCAGGACGCUUCGACUGGAAGAUACUGCUCGAUGUGUAGACUUAUUGUCUAACAAGGAUAUCUGACCCGGUGAGAGAGGCGCUUUAAUUGAGGUUAGUUCUGUCAAAAUACUAUAGAAAAUGAUAUAAAAAUCAUUACAUGACAGCUACAGUAUCAAGAAGAGGAGAGAAGGGCGCUAGUGAGCUGUAAUUUUAGUAUGAUAUAAUCAUAUGGGCAUAAGCCCACCGGGUCAGAUGUCCUUGUCGGGCUGUAGUUAUGAAUAUUAAAUUGAACAGUUGAAACUGUGAGAUACAAUUUCCAUUUAGCCGCUAGUCGCCACUGUUUCUUUAAACGUGAAUCCUAUUUUCUUGCGCCUGCUAUAAAAAUAUGUCGCUGCUCGACUUCUACUUAUAUGACCCAAUCUGUCUCACUUGUUCGAGAAAUUGUGCUUGUUUACUCUACUAUUUUACUACAUACGAAGUAAAAGGAGUCCGUAGCUGGCUACGAAGUGAUCAAGACCAGGUAAAAUUGACCUUACAUUUUUGAUAUUAUUACCGGAUUCAAAUUAUAUUCAAAUUUGAUAAACAAAAGUGCUUUUAAUACUACCUAAAAAUAAGAAGAAAUAUUUCACCUUAAUUAAUUCAAGUUUGUCAGCUUUAAAAUGGUUUGUGAAGAUAUUUCAAGGUCAUUUGCGCAUUUUACUUUAAAACUAUACAUACGAUAGAAACUUGAUUUUAAAUACAAGUUCCACUAGUCAUUAAUUAAUUUAUAAUGUCACAAAUAACUAUAAUGGAAACAGUUUUAUAAAAUUCGAUACAAGAACAUUGUUAAAAGUCGAAAAAAAUUCUU